UUGGCACGCAAUAUGAUGCGGUUUUUAAUAUUUGUUACCCUUCUGGCUUUCUGCCGGGGGCAAGGUGAGUUGGGUGACCUGGACUCAGUCAUCAAACAAAUUUUCGGAGACCCCAACAGCCAGACUACAGCGAACCCCUUACCUCAAGCUUCAACGUUGGUACCGGGGAUUUCCGAUAAUGAGGUUGGAGACAAGAGCUGCAAGAUGGAGGACGGCAGAAUAGGCGAAUGCGUCAGAUACUAUUUAUGUAACGCAAACAACUCCGUCAUCACUGAUGGUGUUGGCAUAAUUGAUAUUCGUGUUCGCGACGGCCCUUGCGCCUCCUACAUGGACACGUGCUGUCUCCCACCAGACACAAGGGAUAUUAGCAACCCUAUAACGCCUCCACCCACCACACAAACACAGCGUCAGGGCUGCGGCUGGCGAAACAUCGAAGGCGUGGGGUUCCGCAUCACUGGCGACAAGGACGGCGAGUCCAAAUUCGGUGAAUUCCCCUGGAUGGUUGCCGUUUUGAAUUCGGAUUACGUUGACCCCAGAAUCGAGCCUGUGAACGACAACGAGCCCAACGGCCAGAAGCUGAAUGUCUACGUCGGCGGUGGAUCCCUGAUCCAUCCUAGUAUUGUGCUGACAGCAGCGCACAAUGUCGCCGGAGCUGAAGCUCUAGUGGCCAGAGCUGGAGAAUGGGAUACCCAAACCACUAAGGAGAUCUAUCCACACCAGGAUAGGGACGUGGCCAGAAUCGAAGUUCACAAAGACUUUAACAAAGGCAAUCUCUUCUAUGACAUUGCAUUAUUAUUCCUGGCAAAACCCAUGGAUUUGACACCGAACGUCGGUGUGGUAUGUCUGCCACCACCACGCGAGAGAGUCCCUGGUGGUACUCGUUGCUUUGCUUCCGGUUGGGGCAAGGACAAGUUCGGGAAGGAGGGAAGAUACCAGGUUAUCCUCAAAAAGGUGGAAGUGCCGGUUGUAGAACGGUCGACAUGUCAAACACAACUACGCAAUACACGCCUUGGCCACUUCUUCGAACUGCACACGUCGUUCAUGUGCGCUGGUGGGGAAGCUGGUAAGGACACCUGCAAGGGGGACGGCGGUUCACCACUGAGCUGCCCUAUUGAGUACGAAAAAGAUCGCUACAUGCAGAGCGGCAUCGUGGCCUGGGGAAUCGGUUGCGGUGAAGACGGCACACCCGGAGUGUACGUGGACGUCUCAAACCUUCGCAACUGGAUCGACGACAAAGUGGCCGGCGCUGGCUACGAUCCAAUGACCUACACCAUUUAA